AUGGCACCCUCCAAACAAACGAAACUCACAGACAAGGCGUGGCCGACACAAGAUGGCGACAUCCACGCGGAUCAACCACCAUCGCCGGAAUGCCACAUAGACCUGGACAGCGAACUGCAAGCACCAGAUGAUGUGCUGGUCACAAAUAAAAGCCUGCACUUUAUGCUCCAGGCCCUGAAGACCUCACUCCGCUCAGACCUCCGACAACUUACAAACGAGCUGAGGAAGGAUAUUGCAGACAUAGGAGGCCGCACUAGCCACCUGAAAACUAAAACAGAAGAGAUAUGUGCAGCCCACAACGAUGUGGUCGAUAAGCUGCAGAGGCUUGAAGAGGAACAAACGACCCUAAAACACAAAUUGGCAGACAUAGAAGAUCGUUCACGCCGCAACAAUUUGAGAUUCAGCGGCAUCACCGACGCCAUCACUACUGAGGUGCUCCCACAAUAUCUUAAGGCCCUAUGCAAGGCCCUGGCCCUGGCCCUGGCCCCGACAAACCAGAGGACUCCGCAUGAGAGCUGGACCGGGUACACAGGCUUCCAAGACCGGCCCGAUUUACCACGGAUACCCCCAAGGACACUAUAG